CCUAGCAUUUAAACCAAGGGCUGUGUACACCCCUUGAAACCAAGUGAGGAUGAAAGUUUACUUGUAAACGAGGGCCAUUGUACAGCAAGCCACAAUGGCUGCCGCAUCGACCAGAGAGACCCAUACAUUUACCUUGAAGAACAAGUACGGUGUGAGCUGAAGGACAGCGAGGCGACGCUCACCCAAGGUGAAGCUGAGGGGAGAGUUCACCUGAUCAUCCGAGAGGACUUGCUGGCCGAUCUCCUCGAUCAGCUCCAACAACAGAGAGAGGGCAGCAGUUGGAGCCAUGAAAGAGCUGAUGCAAAAGGAGAUGGGUGAGUUGAAAGUUCAGCUUGCUGAACGUGUCCCUUCCCCACCCAGGGAAACAGAGCAGCUGAAAACCCAGCUGGUCAAAACCAGCAGCAGGCUGCGAAAAUCCCAAAAAGAUCUGGACCUGCAGUACUUCAUUACCGAAGACCUGAAGGUCGAAUGGAGCAGAUCAAGGGAGAGAAGGAGGCCCUGAAAAAGGAAGUGGAGACUCAGAAGAUCGAGCUUCAUAAAGAGAGACAGACGCUCAAGGUAAGUAAGACCAACGUGGAGUUAGAGUUGGAGAGCUUUCUGGAGAUGGAGAGGGCUCAAGCUCAGGAGGUGAAGGUCAAAUUGAGCAAGAUGGAGGAAGCUCUCAGAGAACAGGAGGAGGCGGCAAAGGAGAAACUGGAAAAAUCCCAGGCUUUCCAUAGAGCCCAGCUGGAGAUGCAGGACCAAAGCAACAAGAACUUCAUGGCUGCUCUUGAGAAGAAGUGUGAACAUCAGCUGGAGAGGGAGUGUGUCCUGUGGCAGCAGGAGAAAGCCUCCCUGCUGGAGGAGAGCAAGAAAACAAGAGCCUCCCAUGUGGCUCAGGUUGACGAGCAGAGCAUUGCGAGUGACUGCCUCCUGGCUGCUCUGAAGAAGACUGAGCAGCAGCUGGAGAGUAAUCUCGACCAGUGGAAGGAAGACAAGGCAUCCCUCCUUCAGGCCACAGAAAGACUGAAGCUGACUCAGCAGGAAAAAGAGCAGGAGUGGGAGAGGACUGAGAGCACCUUGAGGUGGCUGGUCGAGCUUCAGAGCCAGAUCAUACAAAAGCUGAAGAAGAAGUUGAAGUGGUACAAAAAGCUUCUGCCUGGCUGAGGAAGAGAAUGCAUUUGUACUGGUAUAGUAUCUCUGUGUGUGUGUGUGUGUGUGUGUGUGUGUGUGUGUGUGUGUGUGUGUGUGUGUGUGUGUGGUUGUGUGUGUGUGUGUGUGUGCUCGCAGGGCGUGUGAUGCGUCAGUGCAGUAGAGUUGGAGUAGUUAGUGCUUGUAGUCAGGGUUAUGCAUGCUGCAUGCUGCUUCUGCUCGCCACUCUCUGCUUCCAGCUACUGCCACCGGACCGCCCUUGGUUUUCAGGGGCGGAAAGAUGAGCCGAGUGUGUCGCCUCUUCCGCCGGUGCAUAGCCUCUCCACUGCCAAGAUCUCGUACACGCCUCCCCGUGGCACACAUGGUUAACUGGGACCUCGUGGUUCCAGGCUAAGUUGUACAGGAUCUUGGAGCAGCAGUGGGCCCCAGAGACGCGGCAUGCAGGCCCAUCGGUGAGUGGAAACACCCGGAUGCCCGUCAACCACUGUCCCAGCUAUGUGUAAAUAGCCCCAGCUAUGGGUAAAUAGGGAAGACCCCAACAGCAGUGCAGGCGGAAGAUGUUUGUGUGAGAACCACCACAACGUCUGGGAAGGAGGAAAAAGGCAACCCCACAGCCACGUGGGUAAAUCGAGAAGGUACAGCGGCUGGGGGAGCAAACCCUGUGGCAAUGUGAGAAAACUGAAACUAUUCCUCACAACUAUAUAAUAACUACUGCACACACACAAACACUAGCUAUAAAAAAAAUAAUGUCAUGUUUGUUGGUGUGCCGGCCCUGGGCCUGUCCUACAUGUGUACUGUGGUUUGUCUUGUUAACUUGCAGGUGUAGCGGAGGCGAUAAUGAGACGACUGAUCACCUGGCCGGUCCUCCCAGACUAUUUAACCCCGCCUACCCCGAGACCGGGCGGCCGCAUCCUCCCGACGGCGCACCAACAUGUUUUUCUCUCCGUUUGAGUUUUCUCUCUGUUAACUACUGACAACACCCACCUCACAUUCUCCAUUACAUCCAUACACCUUCAUUCAUCACUGAUACUGACAAUCACACCUCAUCGUUCUCUUGUUUGCAUCAUUAUUUAAUAAAUGUCACUUUAUUAUUUUU